AUGCCUCUCUUGCUGGCGCCGCCGCCGCGCGCCACCCGCCCGCUGCUCGCCCCGACCGUGCCCCACCUCGCGCGUGUCCUCCUCGCCGGCGCGCCGGAGACCCCGCCGCUCCUGCUCGGCACAAUCCCCGCCUCGCCUUCCCUCCUCACGCCGCUCCUCUCCCACCUCCUCCUCUCCCACUCCCCGCCCCUCCCGGCGCUCAACCUCUUCCGCCGCCUCCUCGCCCUCCCCGGCUUCCCCGUCCCGGUGGCCUCCCUCCCCGUCCUCCUCCGCCUCCUCUCGCGCUCCCGCCGCUACGCCCACCUCUCGUUCCAUCUGCUCGAGUCCCUCCCGGCCACACACCCCCACCUCCUCUCCACUCCCGCGCUCGCCGUCCUUCUCUCCACCGCGCUCUCCGCCUCCGCCCCCGGCGCGUCCUUCGACGCCGCCGUCACCUGCUUCGACUCCGCCGCGCGCGUCUGGGCGCGCGCCGGGCGCGAAUUCGGCGCCGCGGAGCUCAACGCGCUGCUCCGCGCGUUCUGCGCCCGUGGCCGCGUCGCCGAAGCGCGCGCGCUGUUCCACCGGUACUGCGACGCGUACCCGCCCGACACCCGCACGUUCAACACGCUACUGCUCGGGUUCAAGGAGGCCGGGCACAUCCAGGCGCUGGACCUGUUCUACCAUGACGCCGUGCUGCGCGGAUUCGUGCCUGACGCUGUCUCGUACUGCGUGAGGAUGGAUGCCUACUGCAAGAAAGGGAGGUUUUUGGACGCCCUAGACCUGCUCGACGAAAUGCGUAAGAGGGAGAACUGCAAGCCGACUCUGCAGGUGUUCACCACGCUGAUAUAUGGAGCUGGGAUCGUAAGAAAUGCAGUGCGUGCACGCCAGCUUUUCGAUGAAAUGGAGCAAUGGGGAGUGAUCCCGGACCGUGGAGCUCACAAUGCACUCAUGGGUGCAUAUGUUAGGGCGAGAGACUUGCAGUCUGGGAUGAUAGUGAUGAGUGAGAUGGAGUGCAAGGGGAUUGGUCUGGAUGAUGUUAGCUACAACACAAUGUUGUGUGGAUUUCAGAGGAUUGGGGAUUUGGAGGGCAUCUGGAAGGUGUACAGCAAGAUGGUUGGUUCAGGGUUCAUGCCGAGGACUAGGACAACAAUGUUGCUCAUGAAGGUCUUCUGUGAGAAUGCACGACCGGAUCUUGGGCUAGAGUUGUGGGAUUAUCUGAUGGGUAAGGGAUGUGUCCCUCACCGGCAUGCAUUGGAUAUUCUGGCCACUGGUUUAUGCUGCAGAGGUUUGACUUUUGAAGCAUACAGGUGUUUUAAGGAGAUGGUUGAGAUUGGAAUGGAACCUACUGAACGAGCUUUCAGGGUUUUGGAAGGGUUUUUGAAACGGAGACGGGAAUUUGGGAAGGUUGAGGAGAUUAGGCAAAUGAUGAAGGCAAUCCAAUUGGAGGAACAUCAAAACGAUGAAGAGGCUGCCUGA